UGUCGGCGGCCGGCAGCGGCUCAGUGCGGGGCGCAGCGCGGAGCCCGCUCGGGACUCGCCCGCCACGGCGGGUGACUUCGCGCCGGCCUCAUGUUUUCCCCCAGCCAGGAGGAGCACUGCGCGCCGAACAAGGAGCCCGUCAAGUACGGGGAGCUGGUGGUGCUGGGCUAUAAUGGAUCCCUCCCUAAUGGAGACAGAGGACGCAGGAAAAGCAGAUUUGCCCUUUAUAAGCGACCGAAGGCAAAUGGAGUUAAGCCCAGCACUGUUCAUGUGAUUUCUACACCUCAAGCAUCAAAGGCAAUCAGCUGUAAAGGUCAGCACAGUAUCUCUUACACCUUAUCCAGAAACCAGACUGUUGUAGUGGAGUAUACUCAUGACAAAGAUACAGACAUGUUUCAGGUUGGGAGGUCAACAGAAAGCCCUAUAGACUUUGUAGUGACAGAUACUAUUUCUGGAAGUCAAAACAAUGAUGAAACCCAGAUUACACAAAGCACCAUAUCCCGUUUUGCAUGCAGGAUUGUUUGUGACAGGAGCCCACCAUAUACAGCAAGGAUUUUUGCAGCUGGAUUUGACUCAUCCAAAAAUAUAUUUCUUGGUGAAAAAGCAGCAAAGUGGAAAAAUCCUGAUGGCCACAUGGAUGGAUUGACAACUAAUGGAGUGCUGGUCAUGCAUCCAAAAGGAGGGUUCACAGAGGAGUCCAAGCCUGGAGUCUGGCGGGAAAUCUCUGUCUGCGGUGAUGUCUACACUCUCCGGGAAACCAGAUCUGCUCAGCAAAGGGGGAAACUGGUAGAAAACGAGACCAAUGUCCUGCAGGAUGGCUCUCUCAUUGACCUGUGUGGGGCCACUCUUCUGUGGAGAACGGCAGACGGACUGUUUCACACUCCGACUCAGAAACACAUCGAAGCUCUGCGACAGGAGAUAAACGCUGCCAGGCCUCAGUGUCCCGUCGGCUUAAACACUUUGGCGUUUCCCAGCAUCAACCGUAAAGAUGUGGUAGAAGAGAAGCAGCCCUGGGCAUACCUCAGCUGUGGGCACGUUCACGGCUAUCACAACUGGGGACAUCGCAGUGACACAGAAGCCAACGAGCGGGAAUGUCCGAUGUGCAGAACCGUUGGCCCCUAUGUGCCUCUCUGGCUCGGCUGUGAAGCAGGUUUUUAUGUGGAUGCUGGUCCUCCAACUCAUGCUUUCACCCCGUGUGGACACGUGUGCUCUGAGAAGUCUGCAAAAUACUGGUCUCAAAUCCCUCUGCCUCACGGUACUCACGCAUUUCAUGCUGCCUGCCCUUUCUGUGCGACACAACUGUCUGGGGAACACAACUGCGUCAAGCUGAUUUUUCAGGGUCCAAUUGACUAAUAUCACUUUGCAAUGACCACAAUAAAUUUUUUCUUUAACAACUUACUGUGAAGAUUUUGCCACUAACUCUAGAUUUUACCUUUUUUUUUUAAUAAUGUUAUUAAUAGGGUGGUGGGGUGGGGAUGGGGAACGAACAACAAAAUUGUGAGGGACUGUGGUGGAACUGGGAUACAUUGAUACCUGGAACUCGACAGAUAUCAGUGGUGUUGCAUGCUCAAAAGCAGCAUAUUCAUGAAGUCUUCUUGGUCAAACUGUAGUCUAUUUGUAAUCUUUUUAUUAGUACCCUGGAUUGGAGAAAGGUGUCUUAAUGAUUUUUUUUAAGCUAAGAUUUUUUUAAUGGAAAGGUUUUUUUUCUUCUAACCUUUGACAAGCCUUUAAAAGCUGUUUUUCAAAUCUAGGAGGAACAUGCAGAAUGUAACUGUCUUAAUUUACAGUAUAACUUAACUUGAAUAGAUUUUUCAAGGAGCUAAUACAGAAUGUGUGGACAAACGUAGGUGAGUGUUCACUGGAGAUAAUUGGAUAUGUAAGAGAAAUUAGCUGCCUAAAUUGUAAAGUAUAAAAGCUGUUAAAAGUACCUGUUAUAGUGUAACACAGCUGGCCAAAAAGGCAUCAAAUAUUACUUGAAACUGAGGGAAUCUUGUUUGCAUUGAUUUCCUUCCAACCCUUAAGAUUCUGUGUAAUAGAUAUCUACUGUUGGUUAAGUAUGUUGUAUGGCUGUUUUGGGUUUUUUUUUCAUGUCUUUAGGGUUUUUUUUCCCCUUGCUGUUUAACCUGUAUCUGGUGAAACUGCUUUCCAUUUUUACAUACUGAGUUCUGGGUUUGAAGCCAAUGUUCUGUAUGUAUAGUCUGGCCUUUUUAUUUCUGCUCAACUUGGCUUGCCCUGACUGCUCCUUGCAUACCCAGGACCACUGGGUUAAUUGAGAUGUAGCCAGCCUUCAAAAACUGCAUUAAUGAAGGGGUGGUGUCACAAGACAGAAGGAUUCAGUGCAGCUGACACAGAACUUAUUUACACAGACCUGAAUUCAGGAAAGCACUUCCUUGGUGUUUAAAUAUAAGCCCACGGAUGGGACUUACUCUCAAGUGCUUCAGUGGAUUGUGGUUAUAUGCUGUUAUGUUUUGAAAUUAAAAAAAGCAAUUAAAAAGCAGUUAUUUUUUUAAGCUGGCUUACUAGCCAAAAUGCUGUAAGGGGAGCAUCGUUUCUAGUUCAGCUGAGUGUUUUGGUUCGGUUUUCAACUUACUGCCAUCUGUCACCUUUUUUUUUCCCUCUAUUUUUACAGAUUGAGAUGUGUCUGUAGCCAUUCUUCCUUUCCUUUUUUUUCCCCCCAAUGUUUGCAAAUCAAACAACAUUCAAAUGUAAUCAAAUAUAUGCACCAGGGUGGUACAUCUGAAGUGAAUCACUUGAAAUUCCUGACUUUUUAAAGAGAACUGAUAAAUGUUUACUAUGGAAAUAAUUAAAUCAGAAUUUCAUAUGAGAUGUACCCUGCCCACUGUUAGUUUCAUUUCAUACAGAAUGAUAACUGUGAGUUGUGGAGUGGGGUUUUUUUUCCCUUUUGCUUCUGUGCUCUUGAUAUCUGAGGUAUCAAUCUAUCCAGGUUGGAGGGGAAAAAAAAGGGGAGGGGGGGUAAAAAUUACAACAUCUCUAGAUGAAAUUGAUCAUUCAAGCUCAGUUCUGUUUAAUCAACUAUAGCUUUUUGCUAUAUUUGUGCCCUUUGUAUAAAUAUAUAAUUUAUAUGAUUUUAAUAUAUUCUGUAUAUACAGUUGAAUUGGCCUGUUCAUAUUUUGGUUGUAAGAUUGUUUUAUAGUUAACCUUAUAAACAUUUUACCUGUCCCUUGCCAAUGGUGGUGGGACAAGCUUUGUCUGCUGCUGUUCUUGGUAUAAUUUUGCUGUAUAAACAUUCAGCAUUUUCAUAAUUUGAAAAUAGCUUUUCUGUUAUGCUUUUGCUGUUAAAAAAUUACUCUGCAGCAUUUUCUCUACAUCCCAAACUGUACAGUUUCUGUCCCACUCGGUGACUGGAGAUAGGAUGAAUCUUGUUAAACUAAAACAAUAUGCUUCUUCCUAGUGCCUUUUCAAUGAGAUCCUCUUGUGGUUUUCCAUAUUCUGGGUCCUUACUCCCACAAGACAACCUUGUGGCUAAUCUUCAUCAAGAGUUGGCAGCCCAACUGGAUUGGGAAGAAACGCCUUUGGCCUUCAAUUCCUUCUUGUGGUUUCCGUCAUCAAUGUGAAGGUGCCUCUUGUUUCUAUUCAGUACAAGUUCCUCAGGUCCCAUAUGCAUACUGCAGCAUUCUUUCUCUUUAGCAUAUACCUCAUCUGGGAGAGGCAGUCACACCUCCACCUCCUCCUCCUUGGACUCUGAAGUACUUAACUUUGUUUCUCACGAGCGAUGCCGUGAGAACACUCUUUUCGGGAACAGUUCCCCAUCGAAUGAAGGCCACGAGCUGUGUGCUCAGGCUGGUGGCCAGAGGCCUCGAGCUCUGCGUGUGGCACCUUCACAGCUCUGGCUGCAGCUGUAUUGCUGAGCUGCUUGGACCUGCACAGGUAGUCUCCCUCUGAGCCUAAAUGGAUUGUGAAUACCUGGCCUCCUGGGCAUCUCCGUCACCAAGCUUCUUUACUUUCUUCCGUGGCUGUGGUGUUUUAAUUGCUGCUUCGGGGCUCUGGUACAGCUCUGCCGUGUGCAGAGGGAACACACGGUGUUAGGAGAAUCCUCGCUGGGAACGCUCACACACCAUCUGGUUAUGAUGUGUUUGGCUCAUGUGAAGUGGAAGACUGGCUAAUGGUUUGUAUCCAAGGGACAGAUUGGUUUGAAAAGACCAGAUUUUAAACAAGAUUUUUGUUUCUUUCCCUGAUGGCCAUUCUAUAUAAUUCAAGAAACACUGCACGAAGGAAAACUCUCCUCUUAACCUGGGAAACAAAACUUCCACAGUUCCUUUGCAUGAAUCCAGGUACUUUGCCAUUAACCAGUAUUCAAAUCAAGGGUGAGUCCCUCCAAACUGGAUUUUCUGGGAAGGCAGAAGAGUUUGUAGCAUUGUUCUCAGAUACUACUGCCCCAUGCUGCUCAAGUUAAACGAUGGACCCCUUUGUCUCACAGCCCUUUUCUCCUUCCCUCAUCUCAGUAAACACACAUCCUCACCACUCUGGUGAUUCUGUAGGAGAAAGUAGUUUGUGGAUAAAUAAGACUGGUCCUGUUUGAAGUUGGGUGAAUUUGAGAACCACUCUCCAACUUUGCUUUGAAAGUUUGUCAUAGUUUCAGUGUUAGAUUUCCUGCACACCAUUUCAAAUGCUGGCAAUGUAUGCAGUAAGGCUUUUUUCACCUGUUACUGUUGAUUCCAUUUGAAUGCUUCAAAACCAGCUUUGACUGCAUAAACUUACAGCUGAAAAGUGUUUUUCUAGUCUGAUCUUUGUAAAGGGGAAAAAAAAAAUCUGUCAUAGCUGUGCAGGCUGGAGCUGUAACACUUUGCUUUUUCCUGGCAGCUUUUUGAUAGAGUGCUGCAGCCUAAACAGACAGCUGAGGGCUGAGCCUUGUUCUUAUUUGGAAUCGUGGUCCAAGUUGUAUGAAAGAGUCAGCAUGAGACUGCAUUUUAAGCACCGAUGGUUUUUCAAGUGUGGUCACUUUGUGCCUCAGGGCACAGUAAUAGCACUGGCAGAGUAAUGAAAGGAAGAUUUAUUGGUUUUCUUUUCUUUGUAAGGGUGGGAAUGGGGCUUAGAACAGAGGAACGCCAUUGUUGAGCUGAUCCUGGUAGGGACAGACCCACCCUGAAACAAAGGCGUGCCAGGAACUGACCAGAAGCGUGGUGGUAGCUGCUCCUGCUUUCCCACCUGCUUCCAUGCUCUUAGAAGGCUCUUUUUCCAAUUGUUAGGAAGCUCUGGGGAUAGCAUGAUAAAGCUGGGAUCUUCCCAAUAAAACACUUUGCUGGCAGUUCCUGGAAUUUGAGCAUUCCCCUUCAGAGCCCGUGCAAGGAGCCAUGGUACUGAGUGUAUCACAGUGAGAAACUAAAGUAGUCUCUGAACAGAACUACUUUUGACUCCACACACCACCUCAGGGAAACUGUUGGUUUCAGCUGCAGUUACCUCUCCCUUUAGUGCUGCUGUAGUAGCUGAUGGCUUUGUUCAUCACUUCAUUCUUCUGGAAGUGGAAGAAGGUUCUCCACCGUGUUUCUGUUGAUCCAGCUCCUGGUCCUGACCCUUCUCUGGGGUCUCAGGGGUGUUGGUAGUGAUGUGGCCAUUGGGACAACUGGUAGAUAUAUUUAAAUGCAUUUUUAGUGUGGCAGGAAAACUGACCUGGCCAAGGAUUCCUCCUCCUGUUUGCUCAGUUUUCAGCCUCUUGUGAGUUGUGGACUCCUCUCAUUUUCUCUUUACCCAUGUAGUUGCAGAUAAACAAGUAAAUACAUCUUGGCAAGAAAAACAAGGAAGAGAAAUGAAAAGCUACCUUCAGGCUUGCUUAUCUCUCCAAGGAAAAUAGAAAUCGGAGUUGCAAAUGUCUCUUACAGAUUUUCUCAUCAUUCUGGAUUUUAUAACACUUCACACGAUGUUGUGAGUGAAAAGGAAAAACUUAAAAGGUAAAGGCUGGUUUUGGGGGGGGGGUAGAGGGAGGAAAAGAGGAUAGUUUCUAGGAUGAAGCCACAGUAGUUCUGCAGGCCCUGUGCAAACCACAUCCUGUUGGCUGCAGCAGACACUUCCAUCUCGAAAGAACAGUAGAGUUCCACUCAACAGGUAGUGGAGAUAGAGCUUUGCUUUCUGUAUUGUUCAGACAUUUCACUUACUGGCAGCAGAACAAAAAUAAGAGUCGCUCGGGCCACCAAACUGCAGCCAAAAUGAGUGGCUGCCAAGGUUUCCUUUUAAUGAAGCUUACUUGUCCUUUACUGAUGGGCAGGACAAUGUUUGAGCCACCUGGAAGCCCCUUCUGCUUGUGUGCUGGUGAUUAGGGAUGGAUAUCACUUUCCUCUUGGAUCAAAGAUGUGAUGGAAGGUGCCUUGUGGCACAGCUGUAGGAGGAGCCUCGGUCACACAGCGAGCUCCAUCCGAGGGAGAAGGGAUGUUCACCUUCUCUGAGGGGAUAUUCACCUUCCCUGUUAGCAGCUGUACAAACUUGUGGCUGUGUUUGUAGAAUUGGUCUUUUCUAUACCAUGUGAAACAGACUGAAACAGUUCCUUUGCUGUUGUACCUGUGGAAGUACAAGCCAUUGUACAGGAGAAAAACCCCCACAUGUCCCAAAAACAAAAAUGAUCUCAGUAUGGUCACUGACUCCCUCAGGUUUUUUUUUUACCCUGCUGGUUGCUUUUCAGGGCUUCACUUUGAUUUGCAAAAACAUAUAAAUAACUUAAAAAAUAAAUGGUUUCUCUUACCCUUUUAUCCCCUCCCUUCUGCUCCUCAACAAACAAAAAUGCAGACCUUUGAUUGAGGAUUCUCAAGUAAUCUGAGGUAGGGGAGGGUAUUGAGGUGUGAGUGCCCUGAAAUUUCAGUUAAUUCCCUUUCCCUGGUUUUUAAAUGGAGCUGUUUGUUUUCAA